UAGAAGAUCUGAACACCAAUUUUUUGUUGGGAAUUUGAAUUUUCAGUCGGUUAUUAAAUUCGAUUUCCGAUCAAUACUUUUGCCAUUCGGAAAGUAAAACAGCCAUGUUCAGUAAAUAUUUUCUCUUUGAAUUCUCAAAAUAAGUUACAAGAAUGUGUGUAGAAAUCGAAAAGAGUUCAUGUUCGCCUGAGCCUUUAAACAAAUAUUGAUCCAGUUUUACCUUUGCGCAACCCCUCAUCACGUUUGCCACAGAAGACAUGUUGAUUCGUGCUUUCAAAUCAAUAGUUUUAAUAAGCCUUCCAAAUUUUGCUUUAUUAAUCCCGGAUAACUGCUUUAGUUCUGAAAUAAGAAACGAAGCGAGGGACUGUACAAAUAGACUUUCUCCAAUGCUUGAUAAUCUGAAAUCGGUGCUAGCUGGAACCCGAAAAUCCUCAAAUUUAAUCAAGGAUAUCACUGAUUUCUGUGAUUUCUCAUUAAAAUGCUACAAGACACUCCAAUUGUGUUCUGGAAUUGAUCCCAAUCUAAUUACCAAUCUCGAUGGUGUAUGUGAUAUGUACAGCUUUAAAGCUAAAAAAUUCGAUGGAUGCUACCAAAAAAUGACUACAAGUAUUGAAGACAAUUGUGUCUACAGCUUCUUCAUGACACCGGUGUAUAUAAAUAUUCCUGACAAAAAGCAACGGUGUGAGACAUUAAAAUCAAAUGGGAAAUGUGUUCAGAAAAAGACAGAAUCAGUUUGUUCCAAAAAUUACUCCAAGGAAUUUCAUGAUCAACUAGACGAUCAACUCAAGAGAUUUCUUUGUUAAUCUGAUUUAUUCUUAUGUAAUAAAGUUAUCUUAUCA